CGUGCAAUGUUCAUUGCAGCAGCUGCAUGGAGCUUGGCUGCUUCAUGGCGACUGCUGUGCAUCGUUAUGCUGUCGAUGCUGGCGCUUCUCUUGCCACUCAUUGUGGCAGAGGCGGACGCUGUUGGAACCGGCAGCAGCAGCGUCAACGGCAACGUCAACGGCGGCCUGGGUAAUCAGGCGGUCUUCACUAGCUCAUUUCUGGUGCGUUUCCGUCGGGGCGUUGACAAUGACUUCGCCCACCAAGUGGCCGAUAAAUAUGGCUUCGACAACCUGGGACCGCUGGCAGGAGCAGAUGGACAUGAGUAUCAUUUCAAGCACAGGACUCUGCCGCAUGCCCGUUCACGUCGCAGCCUGACGCACACGCGCGCCAUCAAGAGCCAUCCCUCGGUACACACGGCUGUCCAACAGCCGGGCUUUAGGCGUGUCAAACGCGGACUGCGACCACAGGUGCCUGCCAUACAUGGACUGCACUAUGCGGCCACGUUGGGCGAGUCGAAUGAUGUGGAUGUGGAGCCAACGGAUCCGUACUUCCCCAUGCAAUGGUAUUUGAAGAACACCGGACAGAAUGGCGGCAAGGUGCGGCUGGAUCUCAAUGUGCAGGCUGCUUGGGCGCAGGGUAUAACUGGCAAGAACGUGACAACAGCCAUCAUGGAUGACGGAGUCGACUAUAUGCAUCCGGACCUCAAAUUCAAUUACAAUGCGGAGGCCAGCUAUGACUUUAGCAGCAAUGAUCCAUUCCCCUACCCGCGCUACACCGACGAUUGGUUUAACAGCCAUGGAACGCGCUGCGCUGGCGAAGUGGCUGCUGCCAGAGAUAAUGGAAUUUGCGGCGUGGGCGUUGCUUAUGACAGCAAAAUCGCAGGCAUACGCAUGCUGGAUCAGCCCUAUAUGACCGACCUAAUCGAAGCCAACUCAAUGGGCCAUGAACCCCACAAAAUCCACAUCUACAGCGCCUCGUGGGGUCCCACCGAUGAUGGCAAGACGGUCGAUGGGCCACGCAAUGCCACCAUGCGUGCCAUUGUCCAGGGUGUCAAUGAGGGACGCAAUGGUUUGGGCAACAUCUAUGUUUGGGCAUCGGGCGAUGGCGGCGAGGAGGAUGAUUGCAAUUGCGAUGGCUAUGCCGCCUCCAUGUGGACCAUAUCCAUUAACAGCGCCAUCAACGAUGGCCAGAAUGCGCACUACGAUGAAAGCUGCAGCUCCACUCUAGCAUCCACGUUCAGCAAUGGUGCCAAGGAUCCCAACACUGGAGUUGCCACCACUGACCUCUAUGGCAAGUGUACGACAACACAUUCGGGCACAAGUGCCGCGGCACCCGAAGCAGCGGGUGUCUUUGCUUUGGCCUUGGAGGCAAACCCACAGCUGACUUGGCGCGACAUACAGCAUCUGACUGUGCUGACAUCGAAGCGCAAUUCGUUGUUCGAUGCCAAGAACCGUUUCUAUUGGACAAUGAACGGCGUUGGCCUGGAGUUCAAUCACCUCUUUGGGUUCGGUGUGCUCGAUGCGGGUGCCAUGGUGACACUGGCUAAGCAAUGGCAUUCGGUGCCAGCACGCUAUCACUGUGAGGCCGGCGAGAUUAACAAGGCGCAGCCAAUUAUAAUGGGUCGCUCGCUGUUCUGGGAGAUUAAAACGGAUGCGUGCAAGGGCAGUGAUACGGAAGUGAAUUAUUUGGAGCACGUACAGGCAGUGAUUACGGCCAAUGCAUCGCGACGUGGCGACCUGGAGCUCUUCCUCACCUCCCCCAUGGGCACCAAAUCCAUGAUUCUGUCGCGACGUGCCAACGAUGAUGAUCAUCGCGAUGGCUUCACCAAAUGGCCCUUCAUGACCACCCACUCCUGGGGCGAGUAUCCACAGGGCACAUGGAAACUCGAGGCACGCUUCAACUCUGCUCAAACACGCAUUGGACAUUUGAUUGAAUGGUCUCUGGUUCUGCAUGGCACCAAGGAGGCACCGUAUCGCACUCUGUCGCCAUCUUCGCCGCACUCCAAGCUAGCCAUUGUGAAGAAGGCGCAUGAGGACAAGAAGAUGAAGUAAAAUGGUGUCCAAUUCCAUAAGCGAUGUCGUCCAUUAGACACCAUGACUUUUUAGCAGAUUUAUGAGUUUAGUAUGAAAUGCAAGAAAUGUGCUGGCUGUGUUUUGUUUAAAUGGGAUUGAUUGGAUUUAACUUCAGUUACUAUUAUCAAUUUUCUAUCAACUUCACUUUCUCUUUGAUAAAAUACAAAUGAACUCAAAGUUCAUUUGAUUAUCAUUUCCCUUAGUUAAAUAAUUUCUCCUAUGAUUUGUAUUUUGAGAUGGAGAGAAUUGAGGAUUGUGGGAUUUUCAAAGCGCACAUUACUUACUAGUCUUAUGUGAACUAUUUUCAAGAGCCACAAAUUACGAAUAAAACAGUUUAGAAGCAGACAAAGAUUCACGAUAAUAAUGAUGGUGUGAAGAUCCGUAGAAACUAUCAAAGAUAAGCAGCAAGAAUAAUCUGAAACAGGUAUAGCAUACGUGUAUUACAGUAGUAUUUUGAGCGACAGAGAGAGGGAAUCAUAGAGUACAUAAUACUUAUCUUAAAACUCGACACGAUUCAUGUAAAUGUACUAUAUCUACCUAUAUAUAUAUAUAUAUACAUACAUAACAUAUGUGUAAAACUGUGUCCUAUGCUCUUAGACUCUAAACAUUAUCUAGCUUAAAUAUUUUAAAUCUAUUUUAAUUUCCCUAUAUACAUACAUAUAUAUAUAUACAAAAUGAAAAACAUAAAAUGUUGAACUUAAUAACGUGGAGAAAGCAAAUGCUGCACACUGCUUCCAAUUAGUAUCUCUUAGUAGGUAUAUUAUGGCUUAUGAUUUGAUUUUAGUUAGAUUUCUUAUGUUAAAAUUGUUUGUAUCUGUUGUAUUCGUGCAUGUAAAUUGCAUUUGCGUACGCAGUUUUCAGUUUCUUUCGGGGGCCAAAGAAGUAAUAAUACAACUAAAAAGAGCAUAAUUGCUAAAAAUUGUUUAUAAUGUGAACUUAUAUAUGAAAAACUAAAUGAUAAAUAUUAAAGUACAAGUGCAGAACAAUUGAAUUGGUGUGUUGAGCGUGUCCGAGGCGGAGAUUGAUUUGUUUAAUAAGCACAUUGUUAAAGUUCAUGGGUUAAAGUGCAAACGGAAUGAUAUACAUACAUAUAUCUAUAUACAUAAAGAAAUACAUACAUUUAUUGAAAUAUACAUAACAUGUGUAAUUAUUAACCGAAACGAUGAUAAACCAAAAAGCCCAACAUAAAUACUUAUUAUAUAUACACAACCAUAUAUUCACAUUCGAAUAUAUCGAGUGAAAUUGUGGCUAUAUACGAGUGCAUAUAUCUAUAUAUACAUACACGCAUACAUACAUACGAGUACACACGUAGAUGAGUAUAUAUUAUAUAUAUAUAUAUAUAAAUGUAUAAAACAUAUAUAUGUAUACCAUCAGAUAAAUAACUUAUAUUGAUGUAAAGUUAUCUUUGAUGUUGUAGAUACUAAAUAUCAAACACAAAACACAAAACACACAUAUUCAAACACACUCACACACAAAAUACAGUUGCAAAUUGAAAAAUAAUGGAAAAUUGCAUAAUGUCUAGAUUAGAUGUUAAACACAAGCAUCGUUUUUAGUUGAUUGCCAAUGAUUUUGGUUGACCCUUUUCUGUUAGUAUUAUUAACAUAUUAUUGUUUUGGCUUCUUCGAUUCUCAUGUAAUGAACAAGAAAAAUAAAUCUAUUUAAUUUUGUAAAUAAAAGUUGGAAAACGGCCAAA